GUAUUUGUUACUCUAGUCUUAUCUUCCUGCAAAAGUAAAUAGCUAAAUGUAGCUUGCUAGCUGAUUUGCUGUCAAGCAAGGUACAUGGCUUCAUGAAUUCAUCUUUCUUUUUUCUUCACUGUAGCUGUCCAUAUUUCAAAUACAGUUUGUAUAGCUGCUUUAAAUAGUAAAAAAUAACGAAGACGAAAUGGGGUUAUCUCAAAGCUCGGAUGCACCAGAGGGAGGGACGGAUGGCUACCAUGUUCAUGGGAUUCAAGAGAACUCACCCGCAGAGAAGGCUGGUUUGGAACCAUUUUUUGAUUUCAUAAUAUCAAUUGGAAAUACUAGACUGAACAAGGAGAAUGACAUGCUCAAGGACCUGCUCAAAGCCAAUGUGGAAAAACCAGUGAAGCUGGAGGUAUACAGCAUCAAAGCCAUGAGGAUCCGGGAGCUGGAGGUGGUCCCCAGUAACAUGUGGGGAGGACAGGGCCUACUGGGAGCCAGUGUCAGGUUUUGCAGUUUUAAAGGUGCCAACGAAAAUGUUUGGCAUAUCCUGGAUGUGGAUCCUAGUUCCCCAGCUGCUCUAGCAGGACUUCAAGCACACAUUGACUUCAUUGUUGGAGCUGACCAGGUUCUGCAGGAUUCUGAAGACUUCUUCUCCCUGAUCGAGUCCCACGAGGGGAAGCCUCUCAAGCUACUGGUGUACAAUACAGAGACAGACCUGUGUAGAGAAGUAGUGGUCACACCCAAUGGAGCUUGGGGGGGAGAGGGAAGCUUAGGCUGUGGCAUUGGAUAUGGCUACUUGCACAGAAUCCCUACCCGCUCGGCAUCCCUGAAGUCAAGCGACAUCACACCCCCUUCUGUUGAAUCUGAGGAAAAGUACAUGCCAGAGAGCCCAACUAAUGGCUAUAUGGAGGUAUCACUGGCAGCUCCAGAUCAGGUAGAGAGGGGGGAGGAAGUUUUGGGUCAGGAAACACAGGCCUUCCCUCAGCCCUUUGAGGACACCCCACUGCCUCCCCCCAUCCAGAGAGUCAUGGAUCCUGAUCUCUCUGAUGUUCUGGUCCCUGACAUCCCAGAUAUGGUGGAAAGACAGGACUUUCCUGUCUCCUCCAUUGAUGUUUCCAGCACUUCCCAGCUUGUCAGUGACACGGGGGCGUUCACUCCUGAUUAUCAUACUGGAAUUGAGGAAUUGGGAGAUGGUGACGGGCCAUCUGCAAUCCCAGAAAACCUUUUGGAAGUGGGUGGUCAGGAACAUGCCAUCGACCAGGCUAUGGGAUUCCCCCCCUCCCCACCCCUCGACUCCUCCCCCUCUGGUGACAGCGUCUAUCCAGAUGUCACUGGGGCAGUGGUGUCCGAAGACAUCAGCUCACCGGUACAGCCUGUGGACCUUGUUCCACCAGAGCCCGAUGCCCAGGACAGUGAAGCUAGUGAACAAACUGUGGCUUCAGACUCAGUCCUACAGUAGGGCCUCUGGCUUCUGCAAACUAACCUUAGCUUACUGAUGUGCUUGCCCACUGGAUUUGGUGGAAAGUAGAAAAAGUAACCGGUGACAACAAGGUGUAAGGCUAAGAUUGAGUGUGCUCUUAUUCGAUGACUCUGCCAUCUAUGGUUUUAAUUACAUAUUCAAAGCUAUUAGCCAUAAGGGGGUUUGCUGUGUAUUUGGAGAAUGGGAGAUUGGAAAGUCAUAAUUUUAUGCACAUAGGCAGUUAUCUUAAAAACUGAAUGUAGCACAAUAGCACAUGACAAAAGUCUUGCUUAUUUGUGAUAGGAUAUAUUUAAUUUUAUUCCCUUUGUUGUAACACAGAGAAAAAAAAGACAGUGUGCAAUAUCAUUUUAACGUAGUGCCUAUUAUAAAUUGACACACCUCAAAAUAUAACAAAAUUAUAUUAAUCUUAACACUAUAUAAUUAAAUCUAUUUCAUACACAAUUUGCAUGUGAUGUUUUAUGACAUUUAAGAGUAUCGUACAAGUAAAUUUGUCAUUUCAGAACACAAGAUUUCAUAUAAGGAUGCACCAGUGUAAUGUAACUUUACUUUCAGUUCUGCACUGUAGGUUGACAUUGACCUUUCUCAAAUUCAAGCAAAUGUAAACAAGACAAAGUGAGCAAUUCAGUUCUGUUUAUGGAAUUAUGUAUAAUUUCAGUGUCAAUGAACGGUGCAAACUUUGCCUUAUUAGUGAGCAUAACAUCCAGUCGCUAUAGCAAUUUUCCAGUACCUUACAGGCCAAAGCUCAGCAAAUAAUAAACAUGAAUUUCCUCAAAUCAAUAAUGCAGGGAGUUUGUUAGCUUCUGUUUGAUACAAGAAGCCUUCUAUGUUUCUUUCGGUUCUUGAUUUUGGAAGAGCUCUGAAAUUAAUCGGAACCAUUUUUAAAUGUUUUAAUAACAGUCUGGAAUUUCUGUGCAGAGCCUGUAAAGUUUGUAGUUAUGCUUAUUAUGUUUUAACAUUCUGUGUCGAACAAUUUAUUUUUAUACACCAGUGAUAAUGACAAAUGUUACAAUUAUUUGAUAUUCUUCAAGUAAAGAAAAAAAAAGUAAAAAUGCACUGGACAGGAAGAAGGUUAAAAUGAAGAAAACAUAUUUGGUAAACAGAUUUGCUUUAUAAAUGAAAUAAAUUGAAGUUAAUGCUGGAUAUUACAUAUGUUAUAGAGGAUGUUUGUGUAUGUGCCAAAAACAUGGCAAAGUUGUGAGAGACAUUUAAGAAGGUGAAGUAUUUCUUAUUGAAUUGCAAGCCCUUUUUUCCCUUUAAUUUGUACGACACAAACAUUUGUCUUAACCAACACUGGAUGUCUACUACAUGUUAGUUGUUCUAAAUACAAGGAAAUGGCCAUGUCAUUCCUUUUAAGUUUAACUGUUGGACUUGCUUUCAUGUUAUUUUUUAAAAAUGUGAAUGAACAUUUUGAGUGUUUAUGGUAAUGCUGUUCGCUGCAUCGGUAUUGUAAAGGCCACUUCCGCAGUAAUAUAUGUGUUUGGUAUGUUUUAUAAGUAACUCAUUGUCUUUGAGUAUAAAGACACUAUGUUUCUGUUCAUAUUGUCCUAUGUGCAAUUUAAAGAGUUGUCUUCAUGACUAAUCGAUUAGGAGAAAUGAGAGGAAGAACACUGAAAGAUGUGGUGUACCAUUUUAGCCAGUGACAAAUAAAUUAAACUUGAACAUGCUAAUUUUUACAGCUUCAGAGCAGCUUCUGCAAUACAUUACAAUCUUUAUUCACUGCACCCAGUUCACCCGUCUGCAACCAGUUGAUAAGCACAAACAUCUAAAUUAGUAAUACAUAAAUUCUUACAGGUAAUUUUGAUUUCCUUACUAAACUUUUGGCCGCCGUCCGACAUUUUUAAGUUGCGUGCAGCACACAUGAAUUCAGCUAGAAAUCAUAUAAUGGAAUGAAACAUGGAUUAUCUUGUAUGACAAGACAUGUUCUUCUUUGAUUAAUUUAUUUCAGUAAAAUAAUUAUGGGGUACUCCUUUUGCAAUAUGCAGGAAAUUACCUUAAAUAAGCAGGAUAACCUAAUUAACCUGAACAGAAAAGUAAAAAGGUUGUGUAAUUAUGUGAUAUCAGCACUGAGUAACUAUACCGUAUAUGGUAUGCCAAAGUCCUUGUCUCAACACUUUCUACUUACACAUGUGCAGUCUAUCUACAAAUGCAUGUUUUCAGUGCACUACUGUUGUCUAUGCAUUAAGUGGACAUCUCGGGAAUUCCUGUUCCUGAGUGACAGGAUGCACAUCAUAAAUAUUUCAAUUUAAAGUCAAUUUAAAGCCUGCAAAAUUCUGCCUUAAAUAUUGUAUUUUGCGUAUUCACUAGUUUAUUCCGAAAGAACAAAAAUACUAGAAGGCUUAUUUAUCUCCAAAACUGUCAUCAUUAUUUGGAGAACUAUAGAUCAAUAUGCUUUCAAUGCACUAUUUCCAAGUAAUGAUGAUGGGUGGUGGAUUAAAACGCAUGUCAAACUAAAUUUUUGCUUUUUUGCAGGUCAAAGUAGAAGGUAGCAAAAUAACUAAAUGCUGAAUCUGUAUCUUGACUUGAAAUUUUGAUGCAGGAGGUUGGAUUGAUUGUGGCCUUGAUGCACUGAAUAAGAUGAUGCUAACUUAACCGUGAAAAUUGAAAAUAAAUCUCAUGUGAAAUGUUUAUAAUUUC